CCGCUUCAAGCAGGGCGCAACAUCCCGACACACUGCUGCCGAUUCAUUUAGUGAACAGAGGUGAUUCUUGACCAGAGUAGUAGAGUGUUGAGCUUUGUGUCGUACCACACAGUAUUUCCAGUGAAAGUAAAAGCAACCAACACCUAAGCUGUGUCAGGUGUCAGAAGAAACGUAGUGGUCCGAGUUCCGAGUUCUAUCACCUCUGUUUCCGAUACGCCUGGGUUUUUAUUAAUUAUCCAACAAACAGUGACAGGGACACAGUCAAAAUGUUCAAGAAUCACCUUGCUAUGAUUGGCAUGAACGAGACGCCCAACAAGAAGGCGAAAUUUUGGCAAUCAUACAUCAGAUCCUUGAAAGGAUCCGAUGAUAUUCGUGCACACGACACUCCAGCCUACCGGCGACCGAUCCUGCUAUUCGACGAGCCGGAUACUGCGGUCGGCCGUAUCAACUCACCUGGAUAUCACUACUUGCCGGUCCACCGGGAAACAUACGGCUAUUCACCUCGACCAAUCUACGACCAUCACUAUCACCGCUCGCAAAGAGCACCAAGCGUGAGCAGACUGGCAGACGCCGAGAAGGCCUGGGCAGACCACCUGGAGCGGAUGAGGGAAAUCGAUCGCAGAUACCCAUCGCGCUACGGACUCUAUCUGAAGGACAAACCGAGCCAGGUAGUGUUUCCGCAGGAAGUCGAGUACGAGCCGGAGACGAAGCCGCUUUACUCAACGACGAUGCACUAAAGUGGAAGCGCAGCGUACGACGCCAACUAGAUUUUCGCUUCUCACGCACAGCAAAACGAAAAAAAAAAACACCCACAAAAACAGUUUAAAAUUAGAUUUUGUGAAUACUAAUAUACAGCGCGAACACCAAUUAACAAA